AUGGAGGGAAUGAACCAUGGAGGGCAUGGGCACGGGCAUGGCUAUGGACAUGGCUAUGGACAUGGGCAUGGAGGAGCCCGACCGUCUCAGCCAUCCGCGCUGGCCUUCCCAGGGAUCGAUAUCGACUCACAUAUGAUAUCCGACGACUUCACCUUCAACUCCGCCUUUAGCCCGGCCAACUCCACCUCCAACAACGCCAACGCCAACCCUCAGACUCAGGAUGGGAUGCUUUCGGACGCCAUCUUCCCGGAGUGGAAGACCGGUGCCCCGCGCGGUGGCGACAAUCCCGACGAGUUACAGAAGAACGAUCCCUUGGCAGCUCAGAUCUGGAAACUCUACACCCGAACAAAAUCCCAGCUACCGAACCAGGAGCGCAUGGAGAAUUUGACAUGGCGCAUGAUGGCCAUGAGUCUAAAACGCAAGGAACAAGAAAAGGCUCGGAUAUCGCAAUCCCAAAAAGACAUCACCAGCCCCAACUCGAGCGGCAUCGCGCAGUUGCGUUUGUCAGACCAGACAGCAAGCAAUCCACCUGACAACAACAAUGAUAUGAACAUGGAUGCGACGCCCGACCCGAUGAACAUCGACGACUUUAUUGUGCCCUUUGAUUCUCCCGCAGACUAUGCCUCACAUGCCGCCGCCGACCGACACUUUAAUGCGACUCCCACAGCUUCCAUUCCCAUUAAAGCACGAAAGGACCAUCCAGUGAACGACUCGGCCGCGGCCGCAUCGUUCCCCCACCCGCCGUCGGAUCAACGCAAGAACAGCGAGUUCGGCUACGUGACCCGUCGAGUGCGCAAGACCAGUGUCGACGAGCGCCAGUUCUUCGCCGGCCUGGCCGUACCGACUCGCAAGCGCCCUGCCGAUUCUUCGCCCCAGGUGCCGCCCGUGUCGAACACAAUGCUGGCGCAGCAUUCCGAGUUGUCCUCCACGCUUCCCGACUACUCUUUGGAUCACCCGCCCACAGCCUUUGCCAUGCCUGGAAACGGCACGCUAGGCGGGCGUCGUCCUCAGCACCACCACACCUCCAGCAUUCCCUUCAGCCUGGACACGUUUGGAGUGGGCGAGGACCACGGCAUUCACUCGGCUGGGCCGUAUCAGCAGCACUUCACUUUCUCUCCAUCCGAGUCCCCAAUGACGUCCGGCAACCCUUUCUCCAACCUGUAUGCACAGACGCCGUUGGCUACUUCCCUCAACUCGACCGAGUUCUUCUCUCCGCCACCAUCGGGCUAUCAGUCCACCGUGUCGACUCCCCAGCCUAUCUACGAAGGAGAGCAGUCCAUGUUCUUUAACGAUGUGCCGUCCACGGAGUCUCAAGCCCAGCGCCGGAUUCCCACUUACCUCCAACAGCAACGAACAUCUAACCUGUCGGCGUCGCUGCAGCCGCGCCACAUGUUUAACACCACCAACGGUGAAUUUUCGGCCCCGACUGCUGUCACAGGUCCGCCUAACACCAUGCACCAAUCCGGGUUUUCCGUUUCACCCGCCCAGCACGUGGACCCAACGCAGGUUCUAGGCUCCGGCGAGUUUUCCUCGACCGCACCCACCAACAGCAUGUUCACGUUUGGUGGUGACUCUGAUAAUGAAGACGACGAUGGCACCCCGUACGAACGCGGAGGUAUCACGAUGCCGAAUGACUUCCCGUCCAUGGACGACAAUGACAUGAAUGGUGGUUUGACCUGGGACUCUGGCUUCGCUGGGUCUGUUCAGUCAUUGCCGGGUUUCAACGGCCCGCAUCGCAAACAUGUCACGAUCGGGUCUGUGGAUAUGAUGGAUGGUCCUGCUGACUGGCAGCACGCCGGCAGCUUGGGUCGCGGACUCGGUUCGGCCGCCUCUGUUAGCGACGUACGCAAUCGAGAACAGGAUCCUCGGCGUCAAAAGAUUGCUCGCACUGCCUCAACCCCGAACGCUCCGGCACUGCUCCGACAGAGCAUGAACGGAAUCAACAGUAAUCCGCCUACCAACCAUCCAUCCCCCAACACGCCUCCCGAGUCCGGCCUAAGCAGCGCAGUGCCGUCACGUCCAGGCAGUCCCGGCGGAUCCAAAAACGGUGACCCCAAUGCUGGCCCGACCACUUGUACCAACUGCUUCACCCAGACCACCCCCUGUGGCGCCGCAACCCCGAGGGUCAGCCGCUGUGCAAUGCUUGUGACCGACGUCAUCAAGAAGCGAAACCGUAGUAGCGCUAACAGUUUGGCUGUUGGCACUUCUCGCUCUUCCAAAAAGUCAUCGCGCAAGAACUCCAUUCAGAUGCCCUCCAGCUUGGUUGCCUCUCGCACUCCCAACGGCAACUCUUCUGAGUCACCCCCUGCCAUGACAGGGUCUAGCACGAUGGGCAAACCGGGUGUCAUCCCCAUUGCUGCCGCUCCACCCAAGGCCGGGCCCUCUGCCGGCGUAGCCUCGGCUCGGGCUGGAGUGCAAGUGGCUCCUAGACGCCAGCGUCGCCUGGAGAAGGCUCCGACUGGAUCUGAUCCAGACCAAGAAGACAGCCCCAGGGCCAACACAUCCGCUGGCCGAUCCAAGGUGGUGCCUCUAGCGCCCGCGAUGCUCCCCGCAGCUGCCAACCCAGCCAACCACAGUAUUGCAGGUGGCCAGGGUGCCAGUCAAGAGUGGGAAUGGCUGACCAUGAGUCUGUAG